GGCUCCAGUAGUUCUCCACCCAUCGGCCGAGAGAGAAGACGCGACUUAACCGACGCUCGUCCGUCAUCUAAACAUAUGGCCCAAACAGUCCUCUUUCUUUCUUAUAUCGUUGUGCCCACUACUCUUUAAAAAUUCCGCCGAAAAAGAGAAGACGAUUUUCCAAAUCAUUCUGGCCGUUAUCUCACGGCUCCCCGAUCUCCGUAAAGGUGUAUGAGCGCUACCCAGGGGGCCUAGGGGCGGCUCUUUACCGGGAGCACUUUGACUUCAACGCUGAGCCGCCUUGGGAUCCUAGCUGAUAGCGGGACAGGUCCAUCUCCUGACUUGUCCAUUUUGUUGCAUACCGGCAGGAACCCAUUGGCUCAGUCGUGACCCCUUGACUUGUUUAUCUGUUCUUUAUGAUUGUCGGAUUAGCGGAAUACGGUUGAGAUGAAAGGACUCGCUGACAAACCCAGCUACAUUAUCGAACUCCUGGAGGGAGGAGUGACCCUUGAAGAUGUCAUUGAUGGACACAUCUGUGAACAGGCUCUGGUGGAGAAGAGGGCGUUUGUGGUAGGAGACCUCGGUGCCCUGAUGCGUCAGCAUGCAUGCUGGCAGAACAUCGUGCCACAGUUGCAGCCCUACUACCCGGUCAAGAGCAACAGCAGCCCUGCAGUCAUCGAGGUCCUGGCCUCCUUGGGCCUGGGCUUCGUAUGUGCCAACAAGGCUGAAGUGAGCCUGGUGUUGGAGCAUGGCGUGGCACCAGAAAACAUCAUUCUGUCUGGUGUUUGCAAGCAGCUGGCACACAUCAAACACGCUGCCAAGAACAACAUCCAGCAUCUUGUAUGUGAAAAUGAGGCAGAGUUGUCAAAGAUUUCCCGCCUGCACCCCAAUGCAAAGUUGCUGCUGCAGUUGACCACCCAGGCCCACGCAGCCGAGACCAGCAUGGCCUUCGGCUUCUCUCUGAAAAACUGCCGGCAUAUGUUGGAAGCAGCGAAGGAGCUUGGAGUCCAGGUGGUGGGGGUGACCUUCCACAUCCCCAGCUCCUGCCAAGACCUGCAAGAGGCCUACACCCAUGCACUGUCAGAUGCCCACUGUGUGUUUGAGAUGGGGGCGGAUUUGGGCUUUAACAUGAACAUCCUGGACAUUGGUGGUGGAUUUACUGGUUCAGAGUUUCAGCUCAGACAGGUUGAGUCUGCAGUCAGGCCACUGCUGGAUGCUUACUUCAGCCCGCUGUCUGGCGUGCAAGUGUUGGCCCAGCCCGGCUGCUUCUACGUGGCCUCAGCUUUCAACCUGGCUGUUAAUGUGAUUGGCAAAAAGGUGGUGACCCGCCACUGGGACAGCCUGACUCAAGGUGAGAACAAUGAAGAUACCGAGUUCCUGUACUACAUGAAUGAGGGUGUUUAUGGCCCAUUCAGUCGCAAGCUUCUGGGAAACUCCAUCGCUGCCCCGUCGGUGCACAAGCAUGCCCUGUGUGCUGAGGAGGCGGUGUAUCCCAGCAGCCUGUGGGGCCCGUCACUGGACCAGCUGGACCAUGUGGUGGAGCGCUGCCUGCUGCCUGAGCUCAGUGUGGGGGACUGGCUUCUCUUCUCCAACAUGGGAGCGUGCGGCCUGGACGAGUUCAAUUCCUCCCAGCUGCCUGUCUACUACACUGUCUCCACCUCUGACUGGUACGAAAUGCAGGAGGCUGGUGUGGCACUGGACAGUGACAUGAAGAAUUUCUGCAUGGUCCAGUACAGUGCGUAACUACCCUCUGUCCCUGUCCCGUAGUAUAUUGCACAGAUCCUCCUUAGCCUCUGCUUUCACCAUGUGAGAGGAGGGGUCAGUGAGGUAUUUGGGACAAGGGGCUAAAUGUGGUCAACAUUCCAGCCACCUUGGGAAAUGCAGUGUCCUAUUUUUUUCUUCCAGGAAUUUGACUGUUUUUUUACCUCUUAAAAUUGGAAAAAAAAAAUUGGUUAUCUGAUACCUCAACUGUCUUCAAAAUCUCAUCUGGAAAAUCUUCAUUUUUGCUCCUCCCUCCAAUGGAUCUGUCAGCCAAAAGAACUCCAGCCCAAGCUCAAAUGAAAUUAUGCAACAAAAUGGACGACUCUUUGGAGAUGGGACCCCCCCAACACGUUUGUGGUGGUUUGUUUCCUUAAUCAAAUCCAGUUUACAAAUUGUAAAAUUGAUUUAAAUCAUGUUCUUUAUGAAUUACCUGUAGACAGUUGUGUAAAUCCUGUGUGUGUUCAACACCAAUACAUUUUGUCUGUAGAUGAUUUUUGAAGUGUUGAAAAGAAUCAUUGCCUCAUGCGGAUUCUGUACUUCGGACCCCUCACUUUGCAUAGUUUAGAUUGAAAUUAUGACAAUGACAUAACCUCUUUCUGCAGCUCACCUCAAUGCAUUUUUAUUUAUUGGAUUCAGAUAUUACUGGGGCAUAUUUAAAGCUCCUUCUUUAAGUGUGUUUUGCCCAGGUAUUAUGCUGUGGCCCGUCUAACAGUGUUUUCCUGAUAAGAUAUUGAUGUGUUUUUUAACGCUACAUGGAUUAAGUGUGCUGUGAUUGCCAUUUGUGACCUCAGUGGUUUCCCUUUACUCAAAAAGGCAUGAUACACCCAAAUGCACUCCUUGCCUCUGUUAGAAAGAGGUUAAUCUGGUUUAAAAUGCACAAAAUCUUUUGUAGGAUAAAGAAAUACUGUGACAUUUAUCAAAGCAGCCCUGAUUUUUCAGAUCCCUGCGUUUUGUUUCUUACCAAAGGAUUGGUCCUGUUUCUGCGGGGAUCUGAAAAACCAGCAUUUCUGAAAUGUGCUCGAACAUAAAUGAUCUGUAUUGUCAGAUAUGGACUUACAUGUCUGUGUCUGUCAAGUGAAAGACAUGUUAGUUGUACACGGACCUCUCUGAGGCGGUGUAGAUUACAAAUAACAUGCUAGACUUUUUCUCAUGCCUCUUUUUAGUUGUGAGGGAAAUGAUGCACAAUCUCAUGUACAGCUAAAUGUCUCAUGUCUGAUAAUAUUAAAGAUGACCUGACUUCACUGCAGUUUUAAAGAAUCCUGCCCUCAUGUGUUACAAAUGACUAAUGUAUUAAUUACUUGCUUGUCUAAGGCACUAAUGGACCAUAGCCUGUUUUUGACUGUAAAUUGUGCUUGUUAAAGUAAUGAAAGUGAUUAAUUUAAUACAUUUCUGAUUGAAAUCAA